ACCCCCCUUUCACAUGCCUCUACCGUUCAUUUUUCACCUGUGAUCUCCGAAAUAUCUAUCCUUGAUUCGAGCUACAUGAGCAGGUUGCUGCAGGCAAUGAAAGAUCAAGCAGUCAAGUACUGCGAGCCCCUCAAAAACUCUGCGUCUUCUUCUUCCUCAAAGCAGGCCAGGCGUUUCUUCAGCCCAACCAAUUCAGGGGAAUUCAAGGCCGCCAAGGAUGAUCGGCUCAAGCAGGCGGAGGAGUCUCUCCGGACUGUCAUGUACUUGAGCUGUUGGGGUCCUAAUUAAACAAGAUUUCUCUAGGAUCAUGUCGGUUCAGUUGAGUUUGAAAUUCCAUGACCUGUAAAUUAAUACAACUGAGAGGUUCCUAGUUGUCCAGUUUUUCAUCAAAAUUGUAACAAGUCUUUUGAAUGUAUAUAUGAUCAUGUUUAUGGAAUAAGAAUGUGUAGUUUAU